GAUGAUUGAUUUUAUACAGAUUUUACCAGCAACGUACGAAUCAUUUUGAUUCUGGAAUACUAAGUGUAAAAUAAUUGUAGGUAUGUGAAUUCUAAAUGCGACUGGUUGGUAUCCUAGGCUUCCGUUUUCUUUUUUCAACAUUAAAAUUGUUCAAUGUUGUUUAAAAUCAAUAUGAAGAAACAAUCAUCAUUUUCAACUGCUGUGACUGCCGUUCUUUUCUUUCAAUAUAUCGGCUCAAGUUUGGCAAAUUCGCUCGUACCGCCACAAGAGCAAGACCAAAAUAAGAUGACACUUCUUUUGCCAGAAGCGCAUCAUGACUGGGUGACCAUUCGGAAUCCGAAUCGAAGUCAUAUUUACAUUGACAAAACGCAGUACCUAUGGAAUUUGGUGGUGAAUAAAAAAGCAAGAAGGAGACUUAUAACACGACCCAGACAUUUCGGCAAAUCAUUGUUUCUGCAAAUGGCAGAACAAUUUUUCAAAGGCAAAAAACAUUUAUUCCGAGGAUUAUUCGUCGAAAAAUAUGGAAACAAAAACAUUUUCCCAACUGAGAGAGUAUCUGAUGCUGAAGGUAAAUGGAUGGAAUACCCCGUUAUUAAUUUGAAUUUUAAGGCGAUAGAAAAAUUUACAACCAUUGAAGAAUUCAAGUCAGACUACUGCGUAAGGAUAGCAACGAUCGCGCGAGAAUACGAACUGCAUAAUUUCGAACCUGGUCGUGGCUGUACCAGCGAUCUUAUUAAACGGUUAUAUUUCAAAUUUAAUAAAACGCCUGUAAUUGUUCUCGCCGAUGACUAUGAUUUUCCCUUCGAACGAGCCCUUUUUCAAAAUAACACAAAACUGGCAAAAGAAAUAAGAAGUUAUCUGGACAGCAUAUUCGGCAUGAUGAAAAACGACGUUAAAAGGGUCGGAUUUUUAUUCAUUAUGGGCGUUUCCAAAUUAAGGUUCGGUGAUCUUCAAAGUGGUGCAAAUAAUAUACACGACGAAACUUACAAUCCGGAAUAUUCUGAAGCUUUCGGUUUCACCGAAGAGGAAAUUACAAACCACUUGGGACAAUACAUCGACGAAUUUGCGAAGAGUGAUUCGCUUACUCCCAAAAACAUCACCGAUACUCUUAAAUACUGGUAUGGUGGCUACCAGUACGACCUGAAUAAUCGCUCCAGUCGGGUAUUUAACCCAGUAUCAACCCUCUCCAGCAUACGAAACCAAAAAUUCGAAUGCUACCGGAUUAAUACUAGUUCGAUCGAUCCAUUUCCUGAAAUGUGCUACAGAGAAGGGUGGUCGUUAGACCUUUUACUGAAAGGAGUAGGAAUUUCCCCAUCUGUUAUCGAGGAUGGGUUAACUGAACGUGAUCAACCAUUUUUGAUUACGUGGAUGUUUCAUAAUGGCUAUUUCACUGUAGAUGGACAGCAAUCCACCGAUAUUAAAUUAAAAAUACCUAAUUUUGAAAUUGAAACAGCUAUUAAUAAAUCAUUAUCGUCGUAUGAUCCUUGAUCCUGCAGCACAACGACGACAUCGACAGGUUUAAAGAAUUCUGUUCGGGUGAACUAACGUUAUCAAAAAUCUAAGAAUAGCUCAAGUUAGGUAGGAUUCGUUCGAAAAUGCAAUAUCCAUUUUACAAAAAAUUGAUAUCCCAGCAUAGGUCCAUCCUCUGACUCGAAAAAGUACCCAUAAAUUGAAAACUGGUAUGUACAUCUUUUUUCGACGGAUCAGAAAUAAAGUAUAAUUUUUGUUUGCCGAAAAUACAAGGUAUUGUGGUUUUAUGACGUGUGACGUCAUAUUAUUUACGAUCGUCGUAUAUGAACUCCAGCUUCGUGGUGACAAGGUUGGGUUAGUUAGUUUUUUAGUCUUAUGUAAGUCGUAGUCUUGAUCUUUGCACUGUACUGUUUGGUUAAAAAAUAAAGAGUAUUGUAAUGUAAUUCGUGUUCGCGUAUUUUUUCACCGAAUUUACGAAAAAUUAAAUGUUGCUACAAACAAUUUAAAAAAAAUAA